AGCCACGACGACGAUGAGCACAAAUCCGGAUAUGGAUCUAGUUAUGGCGGAAAAAAUAGUACUCAUGACUCUGAUGUGUACGGGUCCGGUGGAUAUGGGACCAAAAUCGUAACUGGUCAUGCAAAGAAAAGCAAAUACAAGGAUAAGAGUUCAAGUUACGGGUCUGGUUACGGAAAUGACUCUGAUGGACGUGGGACCAAAAUCGUAUCCGGUCAUGCAAAGAAAAGUGGAUAUGAGGAUAAGAGUUUAGGUUAUGGGUCUGGUUAUGGAAAUGAAUCUGGUGGAUAUGGGACAAAAAUCGUAUCAUAUUAUGGGUCUGGUUUAAGAAAUGACUCUGGUGGAUACAGGACUAAAACUGUACCAGAUUAUGAGUCUGGUAGAUAUGAGACCAAAAAUGUUUCCAGUUAUGCAAAGAAAAGUGAAUAUGCGGAUAAUAGUUCGGGUUAUGGGUUUGGUUACGGAAAUAACUCUAGUGGAUAUGGAACUAAAACUGUAUCGGAUUAUGGGUCUGGUUACGGAAAUGACUCUGGUGGACAUGGAACCAAAAUAGUAUUCGGUCAUGCAAAGAAAAGUGAAUACGGGGAUAAGAAUUUGGGUUACGGGUCUGGUUAUAAAAAUGACUCUGGUGGACAUGGGACCAAAACCGUAUCCGAUAAUGCAAAGAAAAGUGGAUAUGAGGAUAAGAGUUUGUUACGAAAAUGA